AUGCAACGGUUCUAUCAAUUUCAACAUAUGAUGAAAAACGUCAUUCAAAGCGGCUUAGAUCAAAGACAUAUAGCUGGAACUCAAAUGAAUGCAGAAGGUUCAAGAUCUCAUGUCAUACUUUCAAUUUUCAUUGAAAGUACCAACCUUCAACUUCAAUCAGUUGGAAGAGGAAAGCUAAGUUCCGUGGAUCUUGCUGGUUCGGAAAGAAAUAAAAAGUCACGCUCUUCAAGCAGUGAACUUAAAGAAGCUCAAAGCUUUAAUAAAUCACUUUCAGCACUCGGAGAUGUUAUCAGAGCUUUGUCUGAACGAAAUCAACACAUACCCUACAGGAAUGAUAAAUUGACGAUGUUGAUGAGUGAUUCACUUGGUGGUAACGCCAACGCCAAUGUUCAUUAA